AUGAACGUGCAGCGCAUCUGCAAGCCCGACGACCAGGUCCCACCGACUCGUGCAAGAGCAAGCGCAGAGGUCCCGCUAGCUCUGUGGACGAACGGCGCGUCUAGCGCCUGCAAGAUAGCCCUGCAAAACACGUCGAUGCCCACAACUAGGCACCUAGGGGAUGCGCCAACCAGUGUGUGGGCGAGCCAACGCGAAGGGACGAGCAGGGAGGUUGACGGACAGAAGAACAGCUGUAGUCACACCGACUCUGGUGAGUACUACUACAGUCCAAUCUCCUCGCCCCCGCACUCGCGUUACGCACCCUCGUCCUUGCUCGACGCGCAUCCCUCCCCUCUCGACGCGCCUACGUCUCCGCCACGCGCCCACUCGCCCAUGUCUUUGUCACCCUCUUCGCGCCUCUGCUCCCUGACCGCCCUCGAAGCCAUUCGCGCGGCAGGCCACCGGGUUGUGCGGAACUACUACGCGCCCGGUAACGACUCACACAGCCUCUCCUACUGCGCUUCACAGCCCUGGAGCUCCAUGCACUCUGCCGGUACCCCGUCGUCUCCUUUGUAUUUGCGCGCUCUAGGACCCUUGGACUCCCUUACGCUGAUAGCUCGCAAGUUGAGUACGAAGCUGGAUACCGCUGCGCGCUUCGUUGCCUACCCGCAGCCGCCAGCUCCCGGUGCGAAGACCAUGGAGUCCGCGCAUUAUCUGCUCGCGAGUUAG